AUGGCUUAUAGUGCUCUUGAUCAAACAGAUCAUGAUAAAGAUCAUCAUGAUGACCACGAAAUAAGCUCUGCUUCUUCUAAUUCUCCAUUCCAAGGCCUUUUACCAAGUCAUCUAUUUUUAGAUGCGCAGAAUAGCGAUACGAGCCACAGCCAAACAUGGUCUCCAGAGAACCCACAGAGUCUCAGUCAAAUGGUACAAUCGAUUACCUCGAAAAGUACGAAAACGAGUGCCAGUUAUGAUAUUUUAGAGGAGGACGAUUACGAGGAGCACGAGGUAGAACGAGAGCAAACGUCUCCCUCACUGGCGCUAUCACCAGAAAGGAAGAACGUCACAUUACGAGAGGAAUCUCCACCGGAGAAACCCCUAGUCGUGAGCAUUCCACGGCCCCUUCCACGACAAAAUACAGCCACAAGGUCGUCCAACAAUACAACCUCUCCUAUAUCACCUCGUGCAGUAUUCCCAAUAGAACCUGCGUCCAUUGUUCGUACAGCAUCAGGUCACAGCAUUGCCUUACGACAUCCGACCCCCGACCUACAGACGCUGCAAGGGGCUUAUGUAGGGAAUAUUGAUAAAUUAGAAAGGACAGCAGAACGAUUGAGUAUGACCUCCUCUAUUGACGAUGCCAUUCGAGAACUCCAUAUGGAGCAGAAGCGCUCUGAUAGUCGCCGAUCAUCAAUUCUGUCCCAGCUUAACGAAAUGCCGCAAGUGUCGAGAGAAGUUUCCAAUCCCAGUUCCAUCAUCGAAUUGAAUAAUGCAGCGAGGUCGGGAGGCUAUUCGCCAGCCGGAUAUAUGAUGUCUCCAAAAGGCUCUUUCUCUACUACUACACUAGCAAGAUCCGCGUCGAAGAGCUCGAGGUUCGGGAAUCGACCAGAACCAGAAUUAGAAGGAAGACCAUUGGAUUCAUUCGUCAAUAUAUCGUUUCCAUCACUUGUUGAUAAUCCAACGCCUUCAAUUGCGGAACAAGAUGAACGUUCUGCGACCUUAACACGACCAGCUGCCGACAACUUCGGCACAGAAAAUAUGGCAGAGAGUAUGGCAGAGAAUAUGACAGAGAAUGUGGCAGAGAAUAUGGUAGAACAGGUCAACAAUUCUAGGCCUCAAACCUCAACAUCAACCAACACAUUUGACCAGGCAGAGCGAAUGUUUGCAGAUUUUGAUGGAGUUCAUUCUGCACCUCUGAGAACAUCUUUCGACUACGGCUUGGAGGGGCAAAGCAGUGCUAUGGAGUUGAAAGACCAGUCAGCUGUUGCUACGUUGGAUAGUAUCCUCGAUGCCUCUGCGCAUGCUCCUGUCACCGCAUUUGUAGACCAUGCAAUUGCCGGACAUCUUGGCUCCGAGGUGUAUGGAAAAUCGCAUCAACGAAUCAAGAGCAACACCCAAUUAUUGACGCCGGAUAAGCAAGACAAGCAAGAUGGUUCAAAGAAACGGACGAGUUCAUUCAACUUUCUAUUGGGUCGUCGGGGAAGUAGUAAUAAUUUACUGGGAGAUAAUGACAAACGUGCUGCCUCAAUGACCAACAUUCAGGUAGAAAGAAAGGCGACGAGAUCUCCCAUCGAAGACGACGAAGAUGACAUCAAUAACAAGGACACAACACCUUUACGACAUACGCGCGGAGUCAGUGGUGCUACGGACCUCAUACGAGCCGAGGAAGGUGAAGUAGAAAACGAAGAGGAUGAGGGUCAAAGGGACGAUGAAAUUUACCACGGUCCACCAACCACACUUCUUGCCGAACUGCAGUUGCGCAAGCAGCAGCAAAAGAUUCGGACUCGGCCCCCAGUAAAUGUCAAUGGCAUGCAGUCUACAUUACUCCAGAUGGAUACUGUUCUACAAAGGCAACAGCAAUCCAGGAAACAAAAGCGGGUCAACCUAGCAUGGCAAAUUGGUAACAAUGACGAUCCAGAUGCUGAAGAAGACGAGGACGUUCCCUUGGCCAUGUUGAAUGUAACAAGAGCCCAUGCUCAAGAAACCAAUCGGCCGCUCGGUUUAAUGGAGAAACGUAGUCCUGCUCUGGAAGAGGAUGAAGGAGAAACACUCGCACAACGCAUCCGUCGUCUGAAAGAGCGAGGGGGCACAGCAACUGGGUUGCCGGCUACGCGACCUGUCAGCGGCGAUUUUGCAUCUGAGCUGAUGAGUCAACUCGGUGGAGAUCUAAUGAAUGAUGAUGGCAAGGGCAAGGAAAAUGAAAUCUUGACAGCUCCAGUCAAUGAAGAAGAGGAAACCUUGGGUCAGAGACGCAAACGUCUCCAAGCAGAGCGUGAAGCUCGUGAAAAAGAAGUCGGCACUGCUGGUGAUGCAGAAGUAGUCCCGGAGCCUUUAGUCAUUAACAAAAUGAAUAGUAUGGCAGACAUUCUCUCCUCUCACCCAGCUGCCGGCGCAAGCCGAAAUUCCUCUUUUAGCAAACCAUCCCGACCCGCCGCUGGUCUUCUGGGGAUACAUGAGAAGCAAAGCCAGCUAAGAGCUACCACAAUCAACAAUCUGAUCACACAACAAAACUCGGCUCCUCGUCGUGUCCAUAGUGGCACGCAUAAUGAUCCCUAUGCCCAAGGACAGGCUGGUAUGAUAAGACCACACACUUCAAGCUACAAUCUUCACAACAGCACACUUUUAAGUAGUGGUUACCCCCAAUUCGCUCAACAAGCCUCUAUGAACCCUAUGACGGCCCAAUAUGGAAAUGCAUACCCUAACAUGGCAUAUCAACACACCAUGUCUAUGGGUGGCUAUAAUAACAUGAUGCCAAUGCAGAUGCAGAUGCAAAACAUCCACACAAACCCCAUCACUGGCAUGCACACUGGGCCUGGUGGCGAACCGCUCAAUCAGGGACAACUUGACAUGGUCGAGCGAUGGAGACAAAGUGUAAUGCACUAA